GAGGUCAAAGUUGAGCUGUGCAUGGCAGCCCUUAGGAAACAUGGUUGUGUAACGGCCGGCAACAGCUUUUACCUAAGCAGCAUCAUUUUACCAGAACACCACAGCGGACGAUAGGGGCUCAAAAUGUUGCUCUCUUCGAUACGGACAACGGUGUUUUGCAGGUGCAGAAGCGCCAGCAAAGGAUUUCAACACAGCACUCGAAGUCCACAGCUACGACAAUGGCUUGUGAAGAGAAGUCAGAGUACCAUCACAGCAGAAGUGGAGGCCUCCUCUGCACAGACAGCAGCUGCUGUCCCCAACGCGUCUACAAAUCGCAUAGUAGGCCGCUGGUUAUUGGGCUGCAGUGGGCUGGUGGUCGGGGCUGUUGUCCUGGGUGGUGUCACAAGGCUAACUGAAUCUGGGCUCUCCAUGGUUGACUGGCAUCUGGUGCGAGAGAUGAAGCCACCACAGUCACAAGCAGAAUGGGAGGCUGAGUUUUCCAAGUACCAGCAGUUUCCUGAAUUCAAAAUAAUGAACCAUGACAUGACUCUGCCUGAGUUUAAGUUUAUCUUCUACAUGGAGUGGGGUCAUCGCAUGUGGGGCAGACUGGUUGGACUUGCAUACAUCCUCCCCACUAUGUACUUUUGGAAAAAAGGAUACUUCACUCGCUCCAUGAAAGGAAAAGUGUUGGGACUUUGUGGAUUUGUCUUUUUCCAGGGCCUUCUGGGAUGGUACAUGGUAAAAAGUGGUCUGGAGGAAAAGCCGGAGUCUCAUGACAUCCCGCGGGUCAGCCAGUAUCGGCUGAGUGCUCACCUUGGUUCUGCCUUGCUACUCUACUGCGCCAGUCUCUGGACAGGGCUUACUCUGCUGUUUCCUGCACACAAGUUGGCAGAGACCAGACAUCUUACGCACCUCAGGAGGUUCGCCAAGGGUACUGGCGGACUUGUCUUCCUCACUGCUCUUUCAGGUGCUUUUGUUGCUGGUUUGGAUGCUGGGCUGGUAUAUAACUCCUUCCCUAAGAUGGGAGAUCGAUGGAUCCCUGAUGAUCUGCUGGCCUUCUCUCCCACCUUCAAGAACAUAUUUGAAAAUCCCACAACUGUGCAGUUUGACCACAGAAUUUUGGCGAUUUCUUCUUUGACUGCAAUUACAGGCCUCUAUCUGUUCUCAAGAAGGGUGGCACUGCCCAGGAGGGCUAAGGUUGCCAUCAGCCUCCUUGCAGCAAUGGCUUAUGGGCAGGUUGCCCUUGGUAUCAGCACUCUUUUACUGUAUGUCCCCACUCCACUGGCAGCAACUCACCAGUCUGGCUCUGUGGCUCUUCUCUCACUGGCCAUUUGGGUUCUGGCAGAGCUCCGGAAGAUGCCCAAGUAAAUGCUUGCUCCUUUCUUGACAAAUGCAAUCCCUACCAGCCGCAUCUCAAGCCUCUAAGAGUCAGCAGUGGAAAAAAAUGGAAACAUUAAAAACUGAGAUGUGUUUCAUUUAACAUUUGACGUUUAUGCAGUAAUCCUUGUGACGCUGAAUUAUUUAAUCACACCAUUAUUAAAGCAGGGGUGUUAUUUAAGUGUCAUUGAUGGAAAAUUACUAGAAUCCAGCUGCCAACAAGGGAUUGAUGUGAACGUGUGGACACAUGGUGUCAACUUAAUUUGAAGUGUUUUGUUUUGCAAGGAAUUACACAAAGACAUGCAAAAGCAAGAACAGGCAAAUUGUUAGUUUCUGCCCAGAUUUAAUCACACAGCAACAGGAUUUCUAGUUAAGGGUACAUAUUUGUUAUGCAGCUUGCCAGAUUUCUGCAGUAACAUGCUAAGUAGACUGAAUUACUGUUUUUGCUCAUCAACACAGUUCUAACAGAAUGUUAUGAAGUCAUUACUCACCUGUUGCCUUGUGUCUACUCAUACACUAUAUCGAUUUAGAUGUGGCUGUUGGGAUUAUGUGUAAUUAUGUAUAUUUAAAUUAUGAACCAUUUCUUGCUGACAUUGUGAUGAUGGAUUAUAGGUAAAAAAAAAAAAAAAAUGAAUCUUAAUACUUUGUACUCUAGCUUUAGAUGUGUAAAGCUGAAAGCACUGUCUUAUUUUAAUAAAGACAAUUCUGUACAGUCUUUGAAAUUCAAA